AUGUGCCUGGAACUUGCAGAGGACUUGCAAAAGCAAACGAAUAAUACGCAUAGAUAUGCUUAUUUUAUAAAGGGAGCAGUCUUGGCUGACUCCGGAAGACUUCAGGAAGCUGUGGAUAAGUUUCAUAGCUGCAUCAGGUUGCAACCACAAGACCCUGAACCGUUAAAACAAGUUGCUAAAUGCUUAUACCGUCAAGGACGCUUUCAAUUGGCAUAUGAAGCAUAUUUGGAAGCUGAUAAGUUGUCAAAACAUCCUGACGCUGAGAUCUAUUGCGCUUUAGCGGAAUGCGCAUUCACCCUCGGAUCAGGGGGUGUGGAGUGGGCGAGGGCAGCGCUACCAGGGGGUGGAGAACGCGCCGCUGCCUUGCUAGCUAAGUUGCUGCUUGCUAGUGGAGAUGUAGCUGGCGCGCUGGCUGCUUAUGAUCAGGCUUUAUCUACACAUUCCUGCGGCGCAGAUACAUUAGCUGCAGCAGGUACUCUAUGCCUCCGAGCUGGGGACCCUCGUAGGGCCUUUCAGUUACUUGGGGAAGCAUUAUCUCAGCAACCCACUCAGCACCCUGCAGCGCUGGCUCUAGCCGCCAUGAUGCUGCAGCACAAAGAUGUAGAUGCAGCGUUAGCGCGGCUUAAAGCUGCUUUAAGCGCUCAUCCCACUUGUGUUGCCGCACAUUCUAACUUAGGUCUCGCCUUGCUAUCCAAAAAGAAGUUUAUUGCUGCUCUAACAUGUCUACAACGCGCGACGUGGGCGGCGCCGCUCAGCGGCCGCGCGGCGCACAACCUCGGCCUGGCGCUACUGCUGUGCAAGCGCCCCGCCUCGGCUUUCUGCCGGCUCGCCUGCGCCGCCGCCUUGCAGCCUACGCAGGCGCAUACUGUACUUUUAAUAGCAAUAGCCCUAGAACGUCUGGGCGACAGCAGAGCGGACGCGGCAUACAGGCGAGCCACCGCCCUCGCGGCGCGGGACCCGCUCGUCAGACUCAACCUGGCGGGGAGACACGCGCGUGCUGGGAGACUGGCUGAUGCUGUACAGGAGACGAGGGUUGUUGCUGUGAUACUGGAACGGGAGAAGGAUGCUCAGUUGGCAAAUUCAUUAGCAACACUAAUGUCUUUAUUGAGAGCAGCAGGAGCUACAUUUGAAGAUAGAGAUGAAGAAAGCUCAGAGCAAACAGAAGAAAAUGUAGAAACACCUGUACUGGAACCAGAUGAAAUGGCAGAAGAACAACACCGUCAAGCCGGUUUGAUAAUAUUACCACCAAUAAUUUUAGGAUACGAUGAACUUUACGAUGAUAAGAAAGUAGAUGAAAAACCAAAGCUAUUGAAUGAAAUUGACGAUGCUCAAGAUUCUGAGAAAAAAUAUAUUUCAAAAAAACCAUUUUGUGACACGUCUUUUGGCGGUAAACAGAUGACUUUUGUCGGAAAACUCGUACCUACACGUAACUGCCAAGAUAUUGAUAAUGCUAAUAAAGAUUACAUGUCGUCA